CUUUCUCCCUGCGGGCUCCGUUGCCCGCCUUCUUUUCGCGCUCCGCCAGCGGCCCGCGGGCCGAGGGUAAUGGGCGGCCUCUUGGGGCGCGCGGCGCUGCCGGGGUUGCUGAGCGGCCCGCGGGCCGCAGGCCCAAGCCUGCUCGCACGCCCCAGCUCGGGAGGGUCUUCCUGGACCCGGGAGCGGACCCUGGUUGCAGUGAAGCCCGAUGGGGUGCAGCGGCGACUCGUUGGGGAUGUGAUCCAGCGCUUUGAGAGGAGGGGCUUCAAGCUGGUGGGGAUGAAGAUGCUGCAGGCGCCAGAGACAGUCCUUGCCGAGCACUACCAUGACCUGCGGAGGAAGCCCUUCUACCCAGCCCUCAUCAGCUACAUGACCUCCGGCCCCGUGGUGGCCAUGGUCUGGGAAGGCCCCAACGUGGUCUGCUCCUCGAGGGCCAUGAUAGGACACACCAACUCAGCUGAGGCUGCCCCCGGCACCAUCAGGGGGGACUUCAGCGUCCACAUCAGCAGGAACAUCGUCCACGCCAGCGACUCCGUGGAGGGGGCCCAGAGGGAGAUCCAGCUAUGGUUUCAGAGCAGUGAGCUCGUGGACUGGGCAGAAGAAGGCCACCAGAGCAGCACCUACCCAGCCUGAGCACCCGGGCUGCCCUCAGCCACCCGGAUCAACUACCUCUGUCGACAAGAACUUGAACCCACACCGCGGUCUGCCCUUCUGUCCCAGACCACCUCCCUGUCUACCUUCUGCCCCACCCCAGCCCAGAGGGGUUGAAUAACCAACUUUAUGUGCCUUUUAAUAUCCUAGCCAGUAACAACUUGGACCAAGUUCUUUCUGUACCAAAGUGCCAGACCGACAGUCUUUGGGGCAUCUCCAAGAGUGGGUACUGUGACCUCCCUUCCCCCAAAGCCGGGGGCUGGGGGGGGGGGGCGACAUUAAAAUUCACUGUGUUGUGUAUGGGGUGGAUUGCUUGUUAGUUUGUGCCAUCUCUGAGGUAGGGAUGAGGACGAGGACUUUAUGCAAAGUUAUGAGUUUGAGUGUUGAAAUAAAGCGUACCUUCUCACACAUCA